UCCGGGUCUGUCCAGUUCUCUCACGGGACUCAGAGACAGGGAGAGGGAGGGGAGCCCUUAGCGAGGAGAGUCCUAUAUGAGCGCCUGCGCAGUAGCGCUGUAGCACAGACGGUGACAAGAUGGCGGCGCUGCGGGCCAUUCGGGGGAUGGUGAACGGAGCCGUGUCCGAGCUGAGCGGUGGCGGGGCCUCGCGGGAGCAGGCGGCCGCCGUCACCCGCGACUACCUCUCCCAGCCCCGCCUUACAUAUAAGACGGUAUCUGGAGUCAAUGGGCCACUAGUAAUCUUGGAUCAAGUGAAGUUUCCUAGGUAUGCAGAGAUUGUGCACUUGACACUUCCUGAUGGAACAAAGAGAAGUGGGCAGGUGCUAGAAGUCAGUGGAUCCAAAGCUGUAGUUCAGGUUUUUGAGGGAACAACAGGUAUUGAUGCUAAGAGAACAUCUUGUGAAUUUACUGGGGAUAUCCUUCGAACCCCAGUAUCUGAAGAUAUGCUUGGGCGAGUCUUUAAUGGGUCAGGAAAGCCCAUAGACAGAGGCCCUAUGGUCUUGGCUGAAGAUUACCUUGAUAUCAAUGGCCAACCAAUCAAUCCUGAGUGUCGAAUCUACCCAGAAGAGAUGAUUCAGACUGGCAUAUCUGCUAUAGAUUGCAUGAACAGCAUUGCCAGAGGACAGAAAAUUCCUAUUUUCUCUGCUGCUGGGUUGCCCCAUAAUGAGAUAGCAGCUCAGAUCUGUCGCCAAGCAGGCUUAGUGAAGAAAUCCAAAGAUGUGAUGGAUUACAGUGAAGAGAAUUUUGCCAUUGUGUUUGCUGCUAUGGGAGUGAACAUGGAAACAGCUCGGUUCUUCAAAUCUGACUUUGAGGAAAAUGGUUCCAUGGACAAUGUGUGUCUGUUCCUGAACUUGGCAAACGAUCCAACCAUUGAGCGCAUAAUCACCCCUCGUCUUGCACUGACCACAGCAGAGUUCUUGGCUUAUCAAUGUGAAAAGCAUGUAUUGGUUAUUCUGACGGAUAUGAGUUCCUAUGCAGAAGCUCUGAGAGAGGUUUCAGCAGCCAGGGAAGAAGUACCAGGCCGGCGUGGCUUUCCUGGUUACAUGUACACUGAUCUGGCCACAAUCUAUGAACGAGCUGGGCGAGUAGAAGGCAGAAAUGGGUCCAUUACUCAGAUUCCUAUUCUUACCAUGCCCAACGAUGACAUUACCCAUCCUAUCCCUGACUUGACUGGAUACAUUACUGAAGGCCAGAUCUACGUAGACAGGCAACUACACAAUAGACAGAUUUACCCCCCUAUCAAUGUACUUCCCUCUUUGUCUCGACUGAUGAAAUCUGCUAUUGGAGAGGGAAUGACUAGGAAGGACCAUGCUGACGUUUCAAACCAGCUGUAUGCCUGCUAUGCCAUUGGGAAGGAUGUCCAAGCCAUGAAGGCUGUUGUAGGGGAGGAAGCGCUUACUUCAGAUGACCUUCUCUAUCUUGAAUUCCUGCAGAAAUUUGAGAGGAACUUCAUUGCUCAGGGGCCCUAUGAAAACCGCACUGUUUAUGAGACGUUGGACGUCGGCUGGCAACUGCUACGUAUCUUCCCCAAGGAGAUGCUGAAGAGAAUCCCUCAGAGCACCUUGGCAGAGUUUUAUCCCCGAGACUCCACAGCAAAGCAUUAGCUGCACCUUCGGCCUCCAUAAAAAGCUGGGUUUUCUUCCCUUGUGUUGGUGUUUACUUGUCAUCCCUGUAAUUAAACCAAGAAUAAGUGACAUAUUUGUGCCAGUGUUCCUCAUGUGUUAAGCUGAUAACAGAGUUUAAAAUAUGCCUCUUCUCUCAAGCACUAGGAUCUUGAAUCGUUUACAGUUUAUAGAGGGGGGGAAAUGGUCUUUCACAGCCCUUAUUUGAUUUACAGGAAUAAUUGUUUUUCUUUAGGCAGUCUUGGAAGAAGAAAAUUCUUGAGGCUGCAAUUUUCUAUCCAUUGCACUGUGAGGCAAAUAAUAGUCAGAUGGGAGGUAUGGUUGAAGAAAUCCUCUCCUUGUUGGCCAGGCCAUCUUUGUCCAUUCAAAACGUCCACCACUCUUUGUGCUGUUGUGUAGAACAGAUAACAUUCUUUGGUUGCUUAAUGACAGGGUGAGAGAGGCACGCACACAACACAGCAGGGUGAUGGGUGGUGACAGGUCAAAUGCACAAAUCCCCUCUCACUUCAAUUAUGGCAGAGAAAAUUGCACAGCGAUGACAUUUGCAAUGUUUGCACACCCUGGUGCUUGUCCAGUAACAGGUACAAGAUUCCUACCUCUUCCGUGAACUCGGCACAAAGGCCACUUGCUUACGCUGCCAGUCUAGUUGGCCUGUUUCACUUUCUCCACCUGCAACUUUGUGCAGAUGUGGCCAUCAUAUGAAAUGAAAUAGGGAUCCUCCCUCCACCUAUUCAGCUUGUGAGUUGCAGAAUAGUUGGGGCUGGAGAAGUCAACUAAUAAAAGCAGUUGUGCCGGCAGCUAAUGGAAACUUAUCCUGAACAGUGUUAGUCUUCAUAAUGCUGUCCUGAAGACAUCCCAGCCCUUUCAGACUGCACACUAUAUAAUAGGUUAAUGGAUGAACCAAGCUGAGGAGCAUCUAAUUGUAAUAUAACCUGGGCCCUUGAAAAUUAUUUUCAAGGGCCCUCUGAUUAAUUUAUCUAAUCAGACUUGUACCAAAUGAGGUAGAAAAGGGUGAAGGCAAAUUGAAUGUGUAAAGGGAUAUUUUAAAUUCUGUUAAGCAUUUCUUUGGAUGACACUGGGUUUUGAACCACAUCCAACUUUGCGUUUGUUUUUAAACCACCUUCCAAACAUGAAGUUGGCUAGCCAUCAUGAACUGGGCAAAGAAGGGAAAAAAAGCUUGGUGCUCAGCAUUAUGUCAUUGGCAGCCAAACGUUUAUAUGGAAUGGGCUUCUUUGGCUUUCAAAGCCUGGAGGCACAGGAUCUUUGCGUCUUCUUGAUUUUGCUUUCCAGGCUACUCUUUGGGGCCACUCCCAGCACUCCAGCUUCAGCAACCCAGAUUGCAAACUGUUGGCAACCUCCUGGAUCAUGACUGGGAGUUGCUCAGAGGGGUUUGUGAUGGCUCAAGCUGCAUAGACUGUGCCGUUUCCAGCGUCUCCUCCCCAUGCAGCCCUCGCAACGCUCUCUCCUAUGCAGAAGUUUCUUGUGCUGUUUUUGGUCUGUGUGUUCUGUAACUUGGGUGCAGUAGCCUUUUUUCUUUACUCUAGUGCAUUCCAUCAAAGUUGUGUCAAUUCUAUUUUUCUCUGGACAGAGGAGGGGGAAUCGUGGGGAUGGGGAGAUAGCAUGAAAAUAUUCUAAUGUAGAAAACUGUGAUACCUGAAUAAGUUAAACAUGAACAAUAAAUGUUAAACAAAAUGGGA